AUGCCGCGGUUGCCAGCGGAUAUCAACUCAGAUAACUUGGGCCCGCACCUUCGCCUCGAGCUGGGUUGGACCACCCCUGGUUCCACUUGCACAGAGGCAUCUAUGGCCCCUGUGGAUCAACCUGUAUACAGUCCGUAUGAGGAACUGUCUCUGCCACUUAAUGGAAAUUUCAUGUCCGCGUCUUCGUCGACACAUAGCCGGCUGAAUCAGAACACCACACUGGAUUCUACUGCCGACCGCAAUCACCCUCUGGCCUUGUCUACAGCCUUUCACAGCUCUGCGAAGCCUACCAGUCAUGUCACCUCUUCCAAUACUUCUCCGUUGACGUACCUCCAGCAUGAUAAGGGUAUCGUGCAGUACUCUGCUGUCAACACCAAUGGCCCUCGGACCGUGGCUACAGUGUUCGAUGGCUCCGAGAACCAUAUCACUUAUAUCCCGACUCCCGUGGUUUUGCCAUCAACCUACUAUCCGCCAAAUCAGAGCACUGUACAGCAUUUUUCUGCCAGUACCGCUGACCCCCGGGAAUUCCCUACAGUUCUUUUUGACCCUGUGGAUUACACCAUGACCACCCCUCGUAGCGCCCCUCUUGUGAAUUUUCCGCUGAUGUAUCCCCACCAAGGCCAAAACGACACUCGGUAUCUUGCUGUCUACCGAGAUAAUCUCCAGAACCUACCCACAGCGAUUGACAACUCACCUUCUGACCGGUUUACAAACGCUCAAACACCCUAUAUUUAUAAUCACGGACGCUGUGGUGGCACGUUCACAGCCAAGGGGUCAUUGACACGCCAUAAUGCUGAGCAGCAUACUGCCCAGUCAUUCCCUUGUCCAAUUACUGGAUGUGACAAGGCCUAUUCCCGGAAAUAUCAUAUGACCGAGCACAAGCGAAAGUCUCACGGGAGCAUGGGAUCUUUGGAUGUUUGA